UGACCAGUUCCAUAAGAGUAUUUUCCCUGGAAAGCUACGUCCCUAGACUAGGCUCGCAUGACUCCCUGCUACUCCUUGGCCGAGUGCGAUUUCUCCUUUAGGUAGUCUUGGAACGUUCAAGCUGUGCUCCCUUCGGAGUUAUAUUUGAUCGUAGAGCAGCAUUUAUCUGGGAGUUCUUCCUACCGCUAAAAAAAUAAAUGCUCCGAGAUCUAAUCUGAAUGUUUACCAUUCUGUACUCGGGUAUUCUCAUAUCGAAACUGAAAAUAUUAUCAUGGAAGGCGGUUUUGAGAACGCGGACGGGACAGGAAAUCAGGACGCUUAUUUUCAGAGCUUAGACUCAUUUUCCAAAGCAGCUGAUUUUCCGGAAAUAAUUCCUGGCGGUCUGGCACAGACCCAGGGUAUGGAGUUACCCACUGAGGAUGUGUUCGGCACCCCUACUUUUUCCGACGAUAUGCUAGGAGCCGGUGCCACGUGGACCGAUCCUCCACUAGUGACAGGAAAUGGUGGCAGUGCGGGUAAUACAACUGACGUGGCUAAUCACGGUGACGCACUUAACAUUUAUACUCUAGCUAAUGGCGGUAGUACCGCCUUCGCUGCUAAUCCUUCUGACCGAGUUAAUCCCUGGGACACAUCUGACGGUGCUGACGCUGGCAUAACUGGCGAUGCUGCUCGUGCACCCGAUUUGCCUGCUCCUGAUGUAACUUUUAGAUCACCGAAUGCUGGAGAAGCUUACUUAUCGGAGAAUGCCAUAACGGGGACGGCAGCAGCUGCAGAGAACGGAGACGAGGAGCAGCAAGGUAUGGAUCGGGGCGAGGAGAGGGGCGGGAAGACGGUGGAGAAUAUCGGAGCGGAGAAGAAAGGUGGCGCGGCAGGCGAAGAGUCACAGCCUGCGGUGAGGGCGGGUGGAAGCGAGGGCGACGCCGAAGGAACCCCAGGGGAGACGGCUGCGGCUGCUACUCCUGGGAGUCGUGCGUCUCCCAUGUUUCGCACGCCGGAUGUCCCGACACCUGGGACCCGUGCUACUCCUGCUACGGCCGUCAGCACUCCUGCUACGGCCGUCAGUACUCCUGCUACGGCCGUCAGCAUUCCUGCUACGUCCGUCAGCACUCCUGCUACGGCCGUCAGUACUCCUGCUAGUGCCGUCAGCACUCUUGCCACUGCCGUCAGCACUCCUGCCACAGCCGUCAGCACUCCUGCUGCAGCCGUCAGCACUCCUGCUGAUACUCCGGGUACAACCUCCCCUGGCACCCCUGCCACAACCGCUAGUGGAACCCCUGCUGCAACCCCUGCUGGCGGUGUUGCCACAACCGUCCCUGGUACCCCUGCUACAGGCCGCCUUAAUACCCCGGCUGGCGCUCGUAGCACCCCUGCUACAACCCCCUCUGGCACUCCUGUAGCAGCCCUCUUCGCAACUCCUGCCAGCCCCCUUGCUGACGCUCCCCUCCCGACUCCUGCUGCUGCUCCCACUCCCCCUCCUCCCGCUGCUCAUACUCCCCCGCCUUCCGCUGCUCCCACUCCCCCGCUUCCCGCUGCUCUUUCUCCCUCCAUUCCUGCUUCUCCCCAUUCUCCCCCUCCCGCUGCAAGCCCGUUGAACGAUGCUGCCCUCCCAACUCCUCCCCCUGCUCCCACUCCUCUCGUUCCUCCUGCCGUGCCGUACCUGGGCAAGCUAGUUCGGAAGAGGUUCGGCGACGUGGUGUUCCUGGGUCGGGUGUUUCAGUUUGACCGGGAGGAGGGGUGGUACAAGGUUCGGUACGAGGACGGGGAUCUGGAGGAUUUGGAGGAAGGCGAGGUGAUGACGCUGCUGGUGGGGGAGGGGGAGGAGACGGCCGCUGCUGCAGAAGUGGAUAACUGGCCCGACCAGAAGCGGCAGGCGUUCUUCAGCGAGGUGGAGGAGCCCGUGUUUGAGCAGGCAGAGCAGGCUGGCGCGGCAGCAGUGGGAGAUGUCGAGGGGCGGGCAGUAGCAGGGGAAGGCGGUGUCUUGCCUGCCACGCCCAGUCAGGUGCUGACAGGAGCAGCAGCGUCGCCCCUCACUGCCUCUGCAGCAGCGUCAUCCCUCGCUGCCACUGCAGCAGCGCCAUCCCUCACUGCCUCUGCAGCAGCGUCAUCCCUCACUGCCACUGGGGUAGCGUCACCCCUCGCUGCCACUGCAGCAGCGUCGCCCGUCACUGCGAGUAAGGCACUGACUGCAGCCAAGGCAGCAGCCCAGCAGGCGGUGCCCGCCAGACAAGCUGCCUCUGCUGGCCCAAAGCCCAGAAGCCGCAGGUACAAGACUGCUGUGGCCAAGAGCCCUGCUCCUCGCAGCCGCACGAGGGUGGUCACUCCUGCAGCCAAGUCUUCUGCUGCUACGGGCCCUUCGAAAUCCCCAACUCCUGCUAAGAGCCCUGCCAAGAGCCCUGCUAAGAGCCCUGCCAAGAGACCUGCCAAGAGCCCUGCUAAGAGCCCUGCCAAGAGCCCUGCUAAGAGCCCUGCCAAGAGCCCUGCUAAGAGCCCUGCCAAGAGCCCUGCUAAGAGCCCUGCUAAGAGCCCUGCCAAGAGCCCUGCUAAGAGCCCUGCCAAGAGCCCUGCCAAGAGCCCUGCCAAGAGCCCUGCCAAGAGCCCUGCUAAGAGUCCUAGUCGCAGUCCUGGCAGUGCGAAAAGCCCGCUAACGCCUAGCAAGAGACAGGCCGAGGCAGCAGCCGAGGGGGGCAGUGCCGCUAAGAGACCCUCCCUUGGGAGAGACUCAGUGGGAGUCAGCAGUACAAGGGGAAGCACAUUGAGGGGGGGUGCAGGCAAGGCUGCUACUCCAGCCAAAAUGAAGACUCCAGGCAAGAUGAAGACUCUAGCCAAAAUGAAGACUCCAGGCAAAAUGAAAACUCCAGGCAAAAUGAAAACUCCAGCCAAAAUGAAGACUCCAGGCAAAAUGAAAACUCCAGGCAAAAUGAAAACUCCAGCCAAAAUGAAAACUCCAGCCAAAAUGAAGACAGCAGCCAAAAUGAAGACUCCAGGCAGGCGGGCGGCAGGAGCAGGCAGGAAAGCAGCCCCGGUGAAAUGGGUGACUCCAGUCAAACGGGGCGGCAGAGGGGCGACAGGGGGGGUAGGGGCCAUGGGGCGGGCAGCCGGGGGUGUGGGGCGGGCAGCAACGGGAGUGGGCAGGAGAAAGAGCAAGACCAUGGCGAGACGACUGUCCGAGGGAGUGGGGAUGAGGCCAGUGAGGCUGCAGCUUGGGGGGCAGAGAACGCCAGCUAAAGCAGUGACGCCGUCAAAAGCAGGGCCACCAGCUAAAGCAGUGACACCGGCUAAAGCAAGGACACCGGCUAAAGCAGGGAGGGCAGCAACGCCAGUGAAAACCUCACUUUCCGGCGGCACGCCCGCCGCUCAGCCAUCAGCCCGCAGGGCGCUGACAGCAGUGGCGAAGCCCAGAGUGCUCAGCAGGCGACUGUCGCUGGAGGAGAGGCGCCGAGCUGCCUCCUCUCCCUCUACUGCGCGAUUCUCUCUAGCGGGCUCCACCUUAUCAGCCGCUCGGUCGCCCCGUGCUGGUGUCACUCCUCCUGUGCGCGCUAGGAGGGCGAGCGACAGGCUCUCAGUCACUCCCAGGAGGUCGUCUGGAGGUGCAGGAGGGAGAGGGGCUGCUGUGUCAGCAGCUGCACACAGCAAGUCACUGAAGGAAAUUCUAGCCAAGUCCCCAGCCAAGUCACCUGCCAAGUCACCUGCCAAGUCCCCAGCCAAGUCACCUGCCAAGUCACCUGCCAGGUCCCUUACCAGGUCCCCUGCCAAGUCCCCUGCCAAGUCACCUGCCAAGUCACCUGCAAAAUCACCUGCCAAAGCACCUGCCAAAGCAUCUGGCAGAUCAACUCGCGGACGUGGAGGCAGGCUCGCUGCCAAAUCACCUGGUGGCUCCACUGCUGCACCACGUGCCAAGUCCCCUGCCAAAUCUCCUGCAAAAUCUCCUGCCAAAUCACCUGCGAAGUCACCUGGAAAGGCAACUGCAUCCGUGACACCACCUGAGAAAGGACCGAGCAAGGGGAGGAAGGCGGGGGGCUCACGUAAAGCUGCUGCCCCAGAGCCAGCAGAGGGAAGGUCCCUGCGAUCAAAGCGCAGGGCAGGAGACGAGGAGGGGGGGAAGGAGGAGGAGGAGGGGGAAAGGACCACGGGUCGAGGGAAGGGAGGAGAUGCGGAGGAGCCGCCAGCAGGGAAGAGGCGGAGGGUCACACGCCUAGCUGCUGUCGCUGCUACUUCUCCUCCUCCCACUGCUGCUGCUGCUGGUGCAGACGUGGGGUCAAAGGCGGUUGUGGCUCGAACCAGGAGGGGAGGGAAGGCAGCAGCAAGUGCAGCGGCAGCAGCAACGAGAGCAACAAGGGCCAGCAGAAGGACGGCAGAAACGGAAGCCGCGGCACACGUGUCAGUAGUGCAGGUUGACGGGGCGGACGAGGCAGAAGAAGCGGAGGAAGUGGGAGCAGUGCGAGACGUGGCAGCAGUGAGGGCAGUACGAGGAAUGCAAGGCACGGAGGUGGCGAGUGAGGUGCGAGAUGUGGUGGCCGUGGAAGCAGUGGAUGCUAGGAGUCCUGCUGGGGCAAGGGGGGGACGGGGAGGGAGAGGAACGAGAGGGAGAGGGGGGAGAGGGACAGGAAGAGGGAGAGGGGCAGCACGAGGUGCAGUAGGAGCACCAGAGCCAGCAGCAGGUGCAGAGACAGCAAGAGGGGCGGCUCAAGUGGAGGUAGUGGAGUUGGACGAUUCGGAGGGAGAGGACGAGGUGAAGGAUGUGUGGGCAGUGAAACUGGCGCACCAAGUGGAAGCGGGGGGCUCUGGUGGACCCAGUGGUGGUAGGGGAGGACGAGGAGGGGGAGGGGGGAGGGGGAGAGGGGGAAGAGGGAGAGGGAGAGGACGAGGGGGAUCAGGGUCAACAGCGCGAGCUGCAGCAGCGGAAGAGGCAGAAGUUGCAGAAACUGCAGCUGCAGCAGCGGAAGAGAGUGAGAAGCCAGCAGCAGCAGCAACUGCAGCAGGGGGAGCGAGGAGGGGCAGGAAGAGGGGUGCAGGACAAGCUGAGGUGGCUGCUGGUGCGAGUAAGGGAGAGGAGGAGCAGGGAGACGGUGGGGCAGGCAAGAGAAGGCGAGGGGCUGGUAGGGCCGGUGGGUCUGCUGUGGUGACUACUGCUGCUGCUACCACUGCAGCUGCAACCCCUGCUGCUGCUGCUGCUGCUGGUUCCCGUGCUGGUGGUGGUGGUGGUGGUGGUGGUGACGAUGAUAGUGGCAAGAUGAAGGUGGUUGAGGUUGCGAGCACCAGGAGCACUCGAGGCAGGGCGGCAGGGACGAGGAGAGGUACAGAGGAACCAGCAUCAGGUAAGGCAGUUGCAGAGAAGGCGGAUGUAGAGAAGGGUGCAGGGAAGGGUGCAGGGAAGGGUGCAGGGAAGGGUGCAGGGAAGGGUGCAGGGAAGGGGAAUGGAGGUAGGCCAGCUGCUAGUAAGGCGGACGCAGGGAAGGCAGUUGCAGGUCCAAGCACCAGGAGACAGGCACAAACAAGGCGAAGGGGGGGAGCAGCAACCACUGCACUACCCGUUGCAUCCACUGCUGCUGCAGCAGGAGCCGGGGCAGCUGAGGAGGAGGAUGCGGAGGAGGAGGAGGAUGCGGUGGUUGAGCUGGUUGCUGCCACUCCCCCCGCUGCUGCACGUGGUGCUUCAAGAGCCACACGGGCGAGCAGAGCGAGAGGGGCUCCUGCUGCUGCUGCGGCUGCGUCCCCUGCCGUUGCCACUGCCGAUCAAACUGCUCCGUUAGCAGCAGCAGCGGGUGGGGGCGCAAGGGCUAGUGGGAGGGGCGUGCUUGCGAGUGCGCUGAGAGGGGGGAGGACGAGAGGGGCUGGUGAUCGGCACGUGGGGUUCAUAGUGGGCACGCCGAGAGGCGGGCUCAGGCAGACUCCAGGCAGGAGCGGAGGAGCGAGGAGGAAGACUGACAUAAUUGCUGCGAGGGGUGGGGCAGCAGGGCAAGGGGCGCGCGGGAGAGGGCGGGGACGGGAGCGUGGAGGGAAGGGGAAGAAGGUGGUGGAGGUGGAGGAGGAAGAGGAGAAAGAGGAAGAGAAGGAAGGGGAGGAGGAAGAGGGAGUGAGGGAAGUAGAGGAGGUGAAUGAGGUAGCAGAGAUGGUGGAACUUGCAUCAGAGGAGGAGGAUGAGAAGGUGGUUGAUCUUGCAGGCGAGGAGGAGGAAGAGGAAGAGGAAGCAGAGAAAGAAGAGAAGGAGGAGGAAGAGGAACAGGGAGGGCGGCAGAGGAGGGGGAGGGGGCGAGUGGCGAGAGCGAGAGUGGUUGCGAGCGCCAGGGCCAAUCCAGAGCUGCAAGUGAAGUGGACAAGAGAGGGAGGCAGGGCCACCGCACGUGGUGCAGUGAGACGAUCCAGCAGGCGCGGUGCCGCUGCCAAGUGACUAAUGAAGGUCCAGCGAAGGGGGAUGCAGGUCCAAGCACCAGGAGAGGCACACAGACAAGACGGAGUGGGGCUGGGCUCCCUGGGAGGCGGGCUCAGGCAGACUCUAGGCAGGAGCGGAGGGGGGCGAGGGAAGAAUGAUAUGAUAGUGGAAAGGGAAGGUGGUGUGGGGAGAGGGACAGGGGAGAGGGGGGCGUGGAGGGAAGGGUCAGAAGGUAGUGGAGGUUGAGGUGGGGUAAGAGUAGGAGGAAGAGGAAGAGCAGGAAGAGCAGGAGGAAGAGAAAGUAGAUGAGUGAAUGGGGUAGCCGAGAUGGUAGAAGUUGCAGCAGAGAAGGAUGAGGAUGAGAAGGUGGUUGAUCUUGCAGGUGAGGAGGACGAGGAGGAGCAAGAGGAAGUGGAGGGGCGAAUGGCGAGGGACAGGGAGGGUGGCAGUGGAGGGGCCACGGGCGAGUGGCCAGGAUGGGGAGUGCCGGUGAGCGGCUCGAAUAAUCCGGUGCUGCAAACGACGAGUGUGCGAGGGGGAGGGAGUGGCACGAGGGGAGGUACAGGGAGUGGCACGAGGAGUGCACGAGGGGAGGAGGUAGGGCCAGGGGGAGUGGUGGUGAGGUGAGGCGACCCAACAGAAGGGUUGCUCGAUGAGGGAGCGAUGGUUAUAAAUGCUGGAGGGAAGUUUGGAGCUAUGGUGUAAGGCGCCCAGAAACUACAUGCGUGUUUUGCAUUUGUUGGAAAUAUCUCAAGGACUUAAGCGUUUCUGAAGUGUAACACUGUACUCGAGGAAGAUUACAGGGGAGCACGCGAGUCAACGGAGGUUACACGAGGGGGCGGACAAAGAAUGCGAAAGGACU